CAUUUCCGACUUUUAAGUCCUGAAGCUCGUCUGCUCUGCUCUGCUCUGAAUUUGACAUAAGGUUUAGUUUCACCAUGGCUGCUUUCAUUCUCCAAUUUAAGUUUGAUUUGCUUCAAGCUCUUAAUUUGAAAGUGUCUGAUUUCGAAAUUAAUUGAGACCGUUUUCCACUUACCACUUCUCGGCAUUUCGCCCAAAUUCGCCUUCAAAUUUGAACUUAGUUAUUAGAUUAUUCCAUUGACAUUUGAAUGACGUUUUUAUCAUUGACUCAUAAUAGAGAAGAGGUUCUAAUUGUCGAUCGUGAAAAACAAACCGACAAAAUGAGUUGUCAGGACUAAUGUACCAAGGGUCUUUUGUUUUUGUUGUAAGCAUUUUGUGAUCCGAUGAAUACAUGCGAGUCAAUUGAAUCCCACCCAGUAGAAGUUAUUAACGUUAAAGUAUCUGCUACUGUAGCCUCUGAGUUCUAAGUUUGAUCUUGUGCUUCGAUUUGUAGCACGAAAGUGAUACGAAUUGUACUUCGAAUUGUAGCAGGUAUCUAUUACAUCAAAUUGAUCUAAUUUCAAUUGAUUUCAACAUCAUCAAUUUCGUUCUACUUCUCUUCGCAACUUUUAAAUGCGAUUGAUGUGUUAGCUUUGAAACUAGUUAGUAACGGUGUUCAUGUUGGACUGAGGAUUAGACUUAGACAUGUCAGUACGGACGCAAUGGUCUAUGGUGCAGAUGAGAGACAACAAAUCCCAGACAAGUUCUCGAGUGAGUUGAGAUUGCGGGUUUGCCCCGGGCAAUAUGAUCUGAGACCUGGUCGCAUUGACUUUACCUUGAUGAUUAAGAUGCUAUCAUUCUUACCGUCGCAAUCACCACUGAAUACACCAUUACACGUGAACACAAUCGUCUUUUAGUCCCUGUUGGAUCACUUGCAUUACCAAUUCAUUCAAGGACAAUAUAUCAGAGUCUUUAGUUCAUAAUAGUGAGUGUCCCUCUCGUUUCGGUCAUCGUCUAAAGUGUUUCAUGUAUGUACUACACCACGCUGUAUUAUAAUUUUAUGAGUUCACUUUUCAAUCGGCUGUGAACAACUUUGUGAUAAAUUGGUUGAUUUGAUAUCAUUUGAAUCGAGUUUGUUUAGUAGUUGAUUAAGUCAAACUUGAUCCGACCGCCGAUCUUUCUCAUUGGUCUUGUCCUGACUAAAUUUCAAUUAACACAAUCGUUUGAUUUGUAGUGUUAUUGUGUUUUGUUGAAUCAAUCGACGAAAACGAGAAAUGACUGCAAACCACAGCUGCUCUGAGUUGAUUGCCUUUUAAUUGUUACCAACGCACUUGAUAGCAUCCAUCUUCUGAAUUGAUUCCAUCUCAAUAUAUAUGGUGGUUAAAUUUGCAGUUCACCAAGUGUCACAAAAGUUAACUUUCACUUCAUCAAACCUAAAGUCCUCUUGAGAAGUCCUUGGAAAGCCCUUUUGAUGCUGUCAUAGAUUAUUGUUUACAUGGGAAGUGAACCAAAGUUCAGUUGACUUACCCAAUGGGCCUUCAUGUUCAUAAUUUGUCUUAAUCAUUCUUUGCAUUUGAUUGAAUUCUCAAAUUUGCCACAUCUGAAUUGCAAAUACUACUGAGAACAAUUAGCCGUUAGAUCCUGUCAACAUCUGCCUGUGUUAGUUGAGUUUAGGUUGAUUAUUCUAAAUGGGGAAUAAGAAAAAGAAGAGACGCAAUACGCUUACCUCUUUUAGUGCCAAAAAUGAGUAUUCCAAUCACCAGCAUCCCAUUUCGAAAUAUUCACCCAAGUCCAUUCUAAGACGAUCAUCGGCAAACAGAUCCAACAGUUUAACAAGGAAGUCAUCUUUGACUCCACUCGCUUUAUGGAAAGGAAGAGGCACGUCUGCGAAGCUGCAAAACCAUUCGGACACUGAUUCGGAUGAGAAUGACUUGAAACCUAGAGACUUCAGUUGGACACCUCUCGCUCCGACUCCCCCUUCGGGAGCGCCUACCUCUAUUCUUCCGUCAACCCCCCGCGCCAGCUCAUCAAAUGAAGAAAAUGGGGACGAUCAAAGUAGUUUGGGAACAAUUAGAAGAAACAGCAGUGCAAGCAGUGGGAAGCGAAGUGGUUCAAAUCAAAGUGGUGCCUUAUUUUCCCUUCUUCCACGUCUGUCCCUGAGGGAGAUCAAAACAGUUGUUGAUAACGUGAACAGCCAGAGUACGAUGACGUCAUCUCCGAUAACGGUGUCUCCCGUGGCCUCUAAAAGUGAAGUGACAACGGGUAGUGCAGUUGGGGAAGAUAGAUGCCUGGAUAACUUAUCAAGAGGGCAGGGGGAUGAUACUUAUAGAGAGACGUCCUUAUUAGCAUUGGAUGCGCCGAUUGCUGCUGCAGAAGAAGACUUGUCGAUUAGUUUAGAUAUCAGUGUACCUAUGGGAACGGGUUCCUCCUCUGAAGCCACUCUCGUGGGGGCUGGGCGGGUCAACGAAGAGGUGGAUGACUCAGCGGAGGACACUGACAACGCCCCUUCGUUGAGUGCAGAUGACGACGGAGAUAGAGCACUUGUCAUGAGUGACUGUAACAAUACCGAUGAAGAUGACAAGACAGAGCCUCCUUUGGGCAGCAGUGAUGACGAGGGAACUCUUGGACCUAACUCCUCUCAGGGAUCUAUCGAGUCCCUCAAAGACGACGAUAUACAAUCUAUUGCCUCAACUAAUGUAGCAGCAAAUUUUCUGUCGCCAGUCAAAUUUGGACCUAUCUGUGACGCUAAUCAUUCGCGUGGCUCUGGCGACCGCGUCAUAAAAGAGGUCAAUCGGUAUAAACAAGAGGACAAUUCAGUCAGUUCUAACUCAGAAGCAUCAUUGAGCGAAUCAUCUUGCGCAAUCAGUGAUAAUGAAACAGAUAGUGAAAAAGGUGCUACGACUGACAAUUAUGUGACAGCAGCCGAAGACAAAGACGGCUACACGACUUCGGCCAGUCGCAGGACCAAUCCUUUCUUCAGCGCCAACGAAGCUCAGUUCCACUCGGCUUUGUCCUCGGCCGGCGAGGAUGACUCGGACAACAGUGGUGCGUACGGAGCUGAAGAUGGACGAAGAGUUACAAUUACGAAAGAGCGCAUGAACAACUUGCUCCUUGACAAAAUUGAGCGAGCCCAAAGUUCUCAAAAGAAGGGAUCGGGCGUUGAUGCUGCUGCAGAUGAUCGAAGCAGCAACAACAGCAGCAAAUACACCUCCCCUCUGCCUUUAAUUAGACUGAGAGAGGGGGCAGCAGCUACUUCUGAAGAGGCACUGGUUAUUCGACGACCCACAAGUACCAUCAGCACAUCUUCAGCUGAGUACCACACCCCUGGCUACUAUUCCAGUGGGGACGAGAGCGCUCGCUUCCUAGCUGGAGGGGACGACAGCGAGUUCUCCGAGAUUGACGAUUUCGCCUUCGGACCUAACAUGGCGGCCGCCUUAUUAUCAAACAACUCCAAUAGCUACCUCAAAAACAACAGCAACCAACCACCAGAGUCCCAACAGAACGCACAUCAGCCUACACUCACUAGGACGCGAGGAAAUAAUGUGCAAUUCCAAAUGAAGAAGUCUCAGCCGAAAACCUAUCUGUCCUCUAGUCAGCAACAACAACAACAAACGAAGGUCAACAAACCAAAUGAAAGCUUUAAGAAAUCAUGUCUGUCAUCAACCUCUGGAGGGCGACAUAAAGAUCCAACGGAUUUAGGCACAGAUAGAAUACCUAGUGGGGUUAUGCCUUCAGCGGGAGAGACACAGGGACCUAUUUUUGACCACACGAAGGCAAUUGAGGAGGCAACGAGAUGGCUCACCCAGACCAACCAGUUUAUAGUGGAAAACUCCCCAUCUUCAGGUAAACACGAAAAAGCAAUCAGCGAAGCAGAUGAGUGGCUUAACAGAACCCUUAAGUCGUUACAACCUCACGCACAGACUACUAAUAACAGCAACCAGAAUAGAACAUGUAACCCACCAAAUGAUCAGCAGAUAAGCAGUUGUAGUAUAUCGGAUGAACUGAGUCAUCAUCAUCAUCAGCUAACUAGCACCACUAACAAUCCUUAUGCUAAUUUAGACAAGUUAGACUCCAAUGUGAAAACUCCAUGUGCAGCGAUGGGCAAUGACGCUAGCAGUAACGAUAGUAGAGCUAACAACCCUAACCAAUCAUAUCAGCUAAAAAUCAAUCAUUCUGCUCUUAAUGACAAAAAUAGACUUGUGCGGAACUCUCAGACGCCUCAGUCAUCUUUAUCUUCUUUCAACUUCACUGGAGCCCAGUCUACUUUAAUUAACCCAGUUGGACGACCAGCUGAUGGCUCUUCUUCUUUUUCAUCGACACCACUAACACCCAGUAGUUACUCAACCAAUACUAAUGCUGGCCCAUAUCAGGGAAGAUAUAUAGGAGUAGGAGGGACUAGAAUCGCCAAUUCGGGAUCUUUGGGCCAACUGAUAGCGGAUGAGGACUUCGUGCCUCCCGAUUAUGAGAAUGUAGCAUAUGUUCCCGUAACCAGUCUUCCACUACAGGCAGCAGCAGUUGCACAAUUCAACAACAGUCAAAGUCUAACAAUCAACACCACGGCGACUAGUCCCAUGGCCACACAUGAGUUUGACCCUUUUGCUAGUGAAAGUGCCCCGGUGACAACAGAAGUGAAGAUGGGUGUAGAAUCGGAAAUGAAAAACCCCUUUUCAGACGCCUUCGCAACCGACUCUAGUCCCAAUCUGGUGUCCUCUACCAAAAACCCUUUCGCGGCGAACCCAACAGAAAUCAAAAGUGCUACUGACGAUUUAUUUGCUAGUUUAGAAAACAGCGCAAAUCCUCUCAUUUUACCAUCUCAUGACGUCACCACAGCAUCUGAUGGGCAGAAAACCACGAGUGAUCUGAAUGGUAUCUCGGACAAGCUUCUGAUGAUCACGGAACCCAACGAUCCUCUACUGCAGAGCGACCCCUUAAUGGACAGUGCUGCUCCAUUGGUAUUUUCUCAAACAAAUGUCAACAAACAAUCAAUAACUUCAGGCCAAUCAGCUGCCUCCAAUGUAACAGCAGUCCAUCUGUCUAACAAUCCCUUCGUCAAUAACUCACAGUCACCUGUUGCUGCCGCUACGAUCUCUCUGCCUGCUCCAGUUAUAACAGAUCCCACAUGUAGCGAAGACUUCCCAGAACAGUGGUCGUUCAUGCUUCGAUUUCCGACAGAGAAACAGCUCGGAAAAUCGAGACGGUGGAUGAAUGUUGAAAUCAAGUUCGACCGCGAAAACAGCUUGCUCAAAAUUUUCGAUAAAACACGAGGAACAGAGAUUUCAUGGGAGGAGAUUUUGGUCUCGAAUCGAUUGUUCAUUCACAAAAUAAGUCGACAGAAGUACGACGACAAAGGCAAAGUGCAUACCCUUAAACUGGUAGAGACGAAUUACAGAAGGCGGAACCAAUUUGACAAGAUUGUAGCCACCACCAUUUUUCAACAGCCUCUGCAGAGCAGAUACAUAGCAGAGCACAGAGUCAGAGCGAAGUUGGGAACAACAGACUUCAAAGUACUGGAUCUGUUUGUGAAGUUGUUUGACCAGUAUCAGUUCCAGAACCACACUGUGAAGCACCUGCAACAGGGCUGCUACUGGUCACACCCCGAAAUACACAUGGAACUGGUGGACAUAUGCACUGGAUUCAUCGACACCAAGGGAGAUGUGACUGAAGAAAGUAUCAGCACCAGUCUUUUCUGCCUCUCGUUCUUCGUGAAGAGUCCCGAAGUGACCAUCGGAAUUAACGACGAGCGAGUGAAGGGAGUCGAAGUGGUGCGCAGGUCAGACAUACUACCGAUGAAGACAGACGCCUGGAUCAAAUUUGAUGACGUUCAGUUCCACCACUCGGUCGACAAAAAACUCUACCUGGACCAGAGUACAAUAGUGUUCCAGCCUUUGGACGCAUGCAAAUACAAAUUGGCUGAGUUCAAGGUCAGGCAGCAUUUUUACAAAGACAUCCCGAUGCGACCUUUGAUCACGUGUGAGCAAAAAGGAGGCGUGUUCAAGUUGGAAGCCGAGCUGUUUCUGCCUUCGAUCCAGAAAAUUGAUUUUAAGUUCGACGCUGAAAUGCGACGAUGUGAGAACAUUGUGCUAGUGGUUCCAGUGCCUGAACAGUGGAUUGGUUUGCUGAGAUACGAUCGCCCGUUGUUAGGGGAGGGAUCGGUUAAGGCGGCCAAGAGGAGGACUGGCUACGUGUCCAAGACGAAAGUGCAUGGAGUUAAGAUCCAGGUGACCGCAGGAGUUGCAAAAUACGAGCACUCAUACAAAGCCAUCGUGUGGAGGAUAAACAGAUUGCCUGGCAAGACCUCUGUGAGUAUCUGUUCGUACAAGCUAUUUGUGCAACUCAUCUCCCCCGGCGGGGCUCUGUCUCUGGUGAAGUUUGACAGUGGGGCGGAGGCGGAACUGAGUUACAGCAUGGGAUGGAGUGUGGCUUCUGGGGCUGUGUUGAGGAGCAUGGCGGUGACUAAUCUGCCGGUGGAACCACUACGCGCAGUUGAGAACAAGGCCAACUUCCAUUAUACAGUUCAAAUUCUACACAAAUCAGACGAUAACAACACAGCAGAGCAAAACACGGAGAAGAACAACAGUCGAUUGCAGAAUGAAACUGAAGCAUAGUUGAGCCAUGCUAGUAACAAGAGAAAGACUCUGAAAUCAGUUGCAGUUGUAGUUGAAAAUCAACUCUAAUUUAUAAAUGUGAUGUAGUGCAAAUGCCACUUAGUGAGCUUAAUCGAAACAGACUCAGUCCAAUUUCCCAUUCAGUAUCUCUAGUCUCUUUCUCUCCUGUUAUCCUGGGCCUAGUUGCUCCAACCACAUAAAGAUAUGAAGAUUUGACGAGGUACCAUAACCGUGUGCGGGAGAACUUCUUCCAGAGAAGAAUUAAAAUUGUUGACUCUUCUAAAAAACAACUCUUCUGAAUCUCGCCGCAGAUCGAACACAGACCCUAAUAGUUUUACUUGGUGACUAGACUACUCAAGAAGCUUUUAUAGAAGGGAAACAUAGUUAGUUUUGAAGGACGGGCUAAAGUAAUCUUCCGCCAGAUUUUGCUGUUUGAUCUUCCGCAAGAUUUUGCUGUUGGUGUUAUCUUUGUCUGAUUUACUACUUGAUACGCCACCUAUCCUCGUCAGUGACCACCAUCUGCCAUUGAAAGCUUGUAAACCUUUUUUUCCCUUCUUAUGCUAAUAAUAUAUAUGUUUCAAUAAACAAUUUUACUCUUAAAUGCAGUUGAACUUAAAUAUUCAAAUGGUCAUAAAUUCAUUUGAUUUGGUGUACACCAUAUUCUUAAAUUAGAAUUAACUUUCAGUUACUUUAAAAUCAGUAUAAUCAAUCAGUUAGAUGUAUAUAGCCGAUUAAGUUAAACUUCUAUCUUUUACACUGAUUGUGCAAUCGCUUCAAUUCAAAUCAAUUAUUGAAAUAAUUAUCUGUAGCAGGAAUGAAUUAAAAUUUUAUUUACACA